AUGGCGACAUCCAGUGCCAGACUGCUCCGCGCAGUCGUCAACCACGUACUUCUCCCACCGGAUCUACCCGACAAAAUCGACAACAAUCUUGCUGAGAUUAACCGGGACCUUCUGCUGCGCGUCCAGAAAGCCUGCAUAGAAUUGGGAAUAGCCACUAAGGGCGAAUACCGACAAGAGCUGCGCCUGCUCCAAAGUUCUCUGGAUCAUUGUUUCAGAAUUCACGCCUCUACAUAUCUUGACAAACUUCAACUCCAACGAGCAUUUUGCAGACUGCGGGUCGGAGAAAUUCUUAUUGUCCAUAUCAACGAGCAGAACGCGGGACUCUUGAUAAGACAUGGUACAAGUGACUUGAAAGGGCACAUCGUUUUUGAGGCCUUCGAAGUCUCUGCAAAAUCGGAAAAGGUCCUCGAAUCCCUGAGUACAUUGCAAUGGGACUUUCCCACCUCUGCCGCAGCCAUUCCAACCGAUGUCUUCGCCGACGACACCUUCCAGCAAAGCCUUGCCGAUUUCCUGCAGAAAGCGAGCUUGGAGAGGGUCGAUAAGUUUGGAGCAGUCAUUUACAAGGCCAACUCUCCAGCCUUUGAGACACGGGAUACCAAUGAUCCUGCUUUGGUUACGGGGAUGUUGAUCACUUUAUUGGAAGGCAUCGGCCAACUGGCUCAAACAUCUCCCAUUCGCAAACGUGUCCGAGACGAAGUUCGCCGGAAAGAGUCGGGCAUCCCUUGGAGAAGAUCGCCAUUUUGGCUGCUUCUGCGGGUUGGUAUCUUGCGUCUUCUGGAGCAAGCCACCUGCCAGUCCGUCUCAAAUGCUCUAUACAAAGCCCUGAUGUGUAUCCUCCACGCCCAACUGCUAGGCGAAAUGGUUGGCACUCAGACUCCCGAACUCACCCAUCUCCUUCUCACAAAGCUUGGUCGGCGAAUCGCGAAACUAGAAAAGGACAGAAUUCUUGCGCCGGCUUCAGACACCAGAAUCUCAGACGCAUACAAUGUCCUUUUGAACAAUCUUCGCCCUUCCUUCAUUGAGUUGACGAACCGCACAAAAUAUCAACUCCAGACCGUCUGGGACAAUCACAAGUCGAAGAUUCGACGUUGGAUCACCCAACUCAGCACGCGCCGGGCCAGACCAGGGCACAUGAAGCUCAGUUUGACGAACAGCGCGCCUUAUCUUGACCAGUUGCGUCAGCACCCACUCAAGACCACUCCUCGAGGGGCAUAUGCUAUGCCACUGACCUUGCUGCAUUUCCUCAGAAAGUACACGGAGCUCACAGAGAUGGAAGCAGAAAUCUUGGCGCGAAACGGACCCAUGGUUCCCGCCAGCCAUAAGACUUGGGCAGAAUCCAGCAUGGAGCUUGCAACGCAGAUCGAAACGUAUCUAGGAAAAUCGAUUGAUUCAUUUGAGGCUGGCACGGAAGAUCGAAGUCGUAUGAUUCUGACGACAAUGUGGCUAUGGGUCCUGAUGGACAACUUGUUAUGUCGCUUUAUGCCCGAGUUCUCGAGGUUCAACCCAGUCUUCGGCCCACAAAGCCUUGACUGUUUACGGCUUUCCUCGUACUCCGACCUCUGUCGGCUCCGGCAAAUUCAGACCUAUCUUGCUCAGCGUCAUUCAAGCGACUCAGAUGCUGUCUCCUCGCGGACCAUUUUGGAUCCUCCUGUUUCGGGCUGUUUUGCCGAUCGCUUCUACGAGAGUCUGUCACCGCAUUCCGAAGUCCACCAGUUGAAUCAAUAUAUAGAGCGAACAGAGGAAAUGCGAAAGCAGGACAAAGAGACGGAAUGGGCAGAGAAAGAUACAAGACAUCAGCAACUGAUGAGAGAGAUUUCCACUGCUCAUUGCCAAAUCACCUUCAUCGGCGAUCCCCCGGAUCCAAAGCAUGACGAGGACAAAUGCCAGAAAUGCAUUUUGACGAGGGCUGCUUAUAAGAUUCGUAUCGAGAGAAUCGAAAAGGCAAUGCCUACGAAUCGCGGCGAAGCAAGAGCUGUACUUUUCGAACUGCUGUGCCCGGCUGCCUUUGAUGCGUACCGCGAGGCAACAUGGUCCAUUGUUGCUAGACUUGCAUUGCCAAAUGUCGAGCAAACGAAGAACGAACCGCUCACGAUGGUGGACGGUUAUUACUCGGACUUUUGCAACGUACGGCGACCACAAAUCAGCAAGCAAGGCCUAACUCUAGCCUCCCGUACCAAAUCGUUCUUGCACACCCAUUAUCGAUUUGCUCACUUCCCCAUUCUCUGGGAAAGGGUCACUGUCAACAAUGGUCUGAGAUUCGAAUAUUAUGAUCGCACGCGUAAAGUGUGGCUUGCCGAACAUUCAUCUCGAGUCACGUUCAACCAUCACUGCAUAAUCCCUCUCUCUCGACAUAGUCCUUUUGCCAAAAUCGCAGCUCUAGCAAAAUACUUAGGUGCUGAAGCCGAAAUCACCUCAAACGAAACCCUUGCUGGACUUCCUCUCUGCCCGCAGACUCUUGGGGUUCCAGAAUAUCUAGCUUUCCAAGGACUGAUAUGUGGAAGCCGCCGUCUAUGGCAGGCGAUACUUGUUGAGCUAGGCUCCUCGAAUCUCAACUUCAGCUCUGAGCCAGUUAUGAUGUUGACUCAGGCCCUGAUAUGUCGAACCGGUUCUUCGCAAGGAGACACUUUCCAUGUGGCGAAUGUUGUCUUCCGCGAUGCCAGCUUUUGCAGAGCCCUCUUGAGUCAAAUCGAACAGCGUUUACUGAGCAUAAGCUGGAACCCAAGAGAGAAUUAUUGCAUGGAAACCUUGAUCAGCUUGAUCCUGAAAAUUCUUGCUCUCGGAGACAAAACUACCUGCGAAAAUGCUUUACAACUGCUUGAAGUGGCCAGAGGCAUCAAUAUUCGGUGGAUCAGGAUGCUCCGAAAGGAGUUCUGUAACACUGACAGCGACGUUGCUUCCAGUCGAAUCUCUUUCUUUAUUCUCUGGGCUGCUUUGUUAUGCAGACGAACGUUCAUCCUGUUCGCUCGAGGCCCACAGGACAGCCAGGCAACCUUUUCAACUUCAACUAUGACCGACAUGGAACGCAUGCAAAACGCCAACACGGCGCUCAUUCCUGUAGCCACACUGACAGAUCUCCUGGAAGCUUCCAUCGCCCUACACGAAAAUCAGCCAGCCGAACCAGAGAACCUGCGACCAACACUUCGCAGCAUACUGAUUCGUGACAUCAAAAUGGUUUCUCGUCUUCGGGGUUGUCUAGAGCAGUCGCUCGAGAAGUCUCCCAGCUCCUUGGUCAUCGCUGCCGUUAGAGCAAACGUGAUGAGCCCUGAAGCAGUUUCUAACCAACCGACAUCAUUCCAUUUUGUGGAGGGCCCUGAUGGGAAGUGGGCAAGUUUGAAGCUCCCAGGUUGCCGGCGCAUGGAACCGCAAGUCAUUCAGUUUCACCUCAUGGCAGGAACCAUGCUGCUAAACGGCAGGACUGUUGAAAAGGAGCUCCCACACGAAGUUCGCUACUCGGCAGGAGUAUCCCGACUGUUCCCCUAUCAGAAGCUCAUCGUUUGGCCUUCUACCCGCCCUGGUAUGACUUAUAAGGUUGCUUUCGACGUUGAAGACCACGAGGUCCACUUUGGAUUUCGGCGGGGUGUCCCCAUUGUCCGUGCAUGGACGAAAGGCACACAACUAGAGUACAUACCCAACUCCAUCUUCACGAAGGACGCGUCCUCUGACAUCCCAGCAUCAUUGAUUGAAAAUUGUGUACAUUGGCUAAACUUGGAUGAAAAUGUGAUCGACGUCAGAAAGGAGCCACGGAUAUGGAGAUCUAUACCAUCGAACUGGAAAAUCGAUCUCCGUACCUCGACGGCCAAGCGCAAAGGUUCGACAUUGCUUGACCCAGGCAGUAAACUUGUUCAUCACUUUGCAAACAUGUUCAAGGGAUUCGAGGAUCCACGAUAUAUCACAGUAUUCCAGCCUCUUGGGGGUGCCAUUACGGUCGAACUUCGCCGCUUCGAACUCAGUUUCUUUGUGAAUCCCAACGGCUACCUAGAAUGUCAGCAGUUUCGGGCAGAGAUCGAUCCGAACCAAGAUGCAGGAACCUGGUAUGGACUUACAUCGAAGAUCGUUCUCUGCGACGUUGACAACCCAAGACGCCGAAGCGUCAUCGUGCCAUUGGGGCUUCCGAGAGUGCAGCGUAUGGGAAUCCAUAUUAACAUUGAGAUUCGAAGCGCUGAUGGCGUAUAUGCCCGUUACUUCUUAGACGACGUAUUGGGACGGUUGACCUGUGCGUCGGAACCUCGACUCUUUUACACAAAGGCACUAUUGCAUGCGUAUACCUCCUUCUGUCUUCCUGAUCCACUGACAGGGAAGACGGGAACUGAGGAGGCGUGUCAUGUUCUCCAAUCUGGGAGUUCUCAACCGUAUGGACCACUCAGCGAAGCCAAUAGAAUGCUGCUCGACGCCAUUGCCAACCUGGCACCCGUGCGCCAGUUCUACCCGCAGGACCGCCGGGUCUUGGAGAAGGUGUUGUGGAACGAAAAUCUCACCUAUUUCAUACAGCAUGAUCAAUAUCGCCUCCUCGUUGCUGAGAUCAACCAGAAAUCCGCACUUCUUUCUCAAUUUGACCUAGACAACGACGUUACCCCUGAUACUGAGAAGUUGUCCGGAGCAAUGGAUAACGUGGACGUAGAAGAAUGUAACACUUAUCUUUCUCGGAGAAGUCAGAUGCGUCAAAGUCUCUAUCAGCCGUCUCGCAUGGUGGUGACGAGUCCUGAACAUGCAUCAGACCAGUCCUACAAUCCGCGUGGGUACCACGACUACCGACAAAGCCAGGAGCAUGUGUUCCAGGCCGCUCGCUUGAUCUAUACAUGGCCAGCAAAGCUACCCUCGCCGACACUGUUAUCUUUGAUGUUUCAGAACUGGCCGUCUAUCGGCGGUUACGGUGAUGAUUCUGUCAGAUUCGAACCGGUGCGAUUGACGGAGUGCCUUGACGUCGAUCUGGCUUCCUCAUGGGGCCAGAUGGUCAACUUUUACCGCCUGGGAGGUUGUCCUGAAACCAAAUACAAAGUCAUGUUCCUGACAGCUUUGGUAUGUUUCAGAGAAGAAAUCAACAUGAGGGCUAUUCAGACCCUCAUCGCUUUCGCAAUCCUGCCUGAUCUCAAGAGUGUUGAUCUGCCGUCGUGGCCUUCGUACACGCAGUUCCGUCCAGGAUUUCGUCCAAAGAUUGAGUAUUUGAGACAACUCCUUGUUCCCUGCUCUCGGCCUUUCUCGGAGGUCCAGGAACAGUCACACACUCAGAGAGAGAGGAAAGCCAUCGACGCAACAAGAAAACAACACGAAGCUAGAGUUUCAAAACAGCUGGAUGCUCUUACAGAGUUCGCGUGCCAUCAGUGGCCAUGCCCUCAGCCAGACUUUGAGGGAUUUACAACGGAUGUCUUGGACUUGGCUACAGCCUCGGCGUUGAUUGCAGUGGAGUGGAAUGCCAUGUUCCGAAACCAUGAAUUUGAAGAGCAUAUACGACAAGUUCAGGAAGUCUUGGAUAAGCAUCGCUCGCUCCCGCCAGCAAGAGCAGUGAGUCGGUUGAAACACUCUCCUUUACCAUCUGCACCGCGGGGAUUCCCAUUGAUAUGCUCUCACUUGCUGGAAAAGGAGGGGCCUAUGGUGGUUUUUCAGCAAUCAUUCUUACAAAGUCAAGCUCCUUACGCAACGAGAGCAGCUGCCAAUCAAUCCAACCAGGACAUCCAUGAACUGAGGCGGAUCGUUAAACAAAUGCCCACCACGAGAUCCUUUGUCAGGCAGGAAUACGUUCGUGGUCUUCUCGAUUCGAUAUCAGCCCUUGAGGACUAUCGAGCACGACCUGUCGAAGAAAUCCCAGGUUUUGACAUGAAUCAGCUGGAUCGACUCAUCGCUGGCGCAGAAAAUGCAGUGAGUUCGCGGUUCUCCAUGUUAAUGCAAGCUUUCCAGAGAGACGAGCCUGGUGCGUUAUGGCUACAUGUAGUUGGACUUUGGCCAUUGACAACUUAUGUCUCUGUCCUGGAGACUCUGCGCAGCACAAGUUCUGUUCCACUGACGACGUCAAUGCGGACUGCGGUCGUUGAUUUUGGUGUCGAGGUCACUCGGUUACAGCGGUUUCGUCGGAUGCAAGAUGCAUCUCUUCGUAAUAAGCCCCAACAAUUCAAUGACGAAUUGAAAAACCCAGGUCAUUCGAAUUGGAAUCCGAACGAAUAUCCUGACUGGUUACUUCUAGAGAUCGAUACAAACAUUCUCAUCCGUCCCAUUCAGGUGGAGGUUGCAUUGGCCACCAUAUCGCCAGCAUCUGGUUCAAAUUCCGUACUACAGCUGAACAUGGGCGAAGGUAAGACGUCCACAAUCAUUCCUCUGGUGGUGUCCGCCUUGGCAAAUGGCCAGUCACUGUGCAGAGUUGUCGUUCCAAAAGCUCUGCUAUUGCAGACUGCUCAGCUACUGCAAUUACGACUGGGCGGGCUCUUGGGAAGGGAACUACGCCAUGUACCAUUUUACCGUCGUACCCCGUCAAGUCGAGAAAACAUUCAGGCGUAUUGGCAGAUUCACAAAGCCAUUCUGGAAAAAUCUGGGGUCAUUAUAGCACUUCCAGAGCACAUCAUGUCCUUCCUGCUCUCUGGUCAGCAGCGACUGGUGGAUGGGAAAACCCAAGAAGCCACACAGAUGAUCAACGUGCAGAAGUGGCUUUCCCGGAAAUGCAGAGAUGUGUUCGACGAAAGUGAUUUUACGAUGGCAGUCAAGACCCAACUCAUCUAUCCGUCCGGCCCGCAAAUUACCGUGGAUGGCGGCAACUAUCGGUGGGAGGCCAUAGAAGUGAUCCUCAAGCUCGCAGAAUCACACCUCUGUGUGCUGGAGCGGUCUCAUGGAGCUAGCAUUCAAGUCGUUCGUCGCGAGACCGGGGGAUUCCCAUUCAUCUACUUCCUCCGGACUGACGUUCAAAACGCUCUGAUACAGCGAAUAGCGACGGACGUCUGCAGCGGGCGGACGCCAUUGCUGAAUACAGAGAACUUCUCUGCAUCCGACAGACGGGCGAUAAGAGUGUUCAUUACCGAGGCAAAACCUCAUAAGAAUGUGAUAGCUCGUGUCUCGGACAUUCACAAAAGCAGUCAAGCCGAUGGUUAUGUCAUCUAUCUUCUUCGAGGGCUUCUUGUUCACCGGAUACUCAUCCUCACGCUGAGCAGACGAUGGAACGUCCAGUAUGGCCUUCAUCCUCUACGAGACCCCAUGGCGGUGCCAUACCUGGCUAAGGGCAUCCCCUCACACCUUGCGGAAUGGGGCCACGUUGACGUCUCGUUACUUUUCACUUGCCUCUCGUUCUACUAUCAAGGGCUAUCUCAGCAGCAACUGAAACAGAGCCUGGAACAGAUACUCAAAUCGGAAGAUCCAGCACGGGAAUAUGAGCAAUGGAACCAAGGCUCGAAUAGGCUCUCCGAUCGACUUCGUGAUUGGACAUCCAUAAACCUCGAAGAUAGCCUUCAGCUGACCGAGAUAUGGCAUGGUGUUCGCCACAACGUCAGAGCAAUCGACCAUUUCCUCAACAACUUCGUGUUUCCGAAACAUGCAAAGCAGUUCAGGGUCAAGUUACAAGCCAGUGGAUGGGACCUUCCUCUGGCUGGAAACGGAACUAACCUUACCACAGGCUUCAGUGGCACCAACGACAACCGCUUGUGUUUGCCGCUGACUAUCAGACAGGAUGAUCUGAAGGGACUGGCGCAUACCAAUGCCGAGGUGCUGACUUAUCUGUUACAAGACCGGAAUCUAUCAUACAGCCUUGCAGGCAGGAGAGAUGGCUCUCACAGACGAGCAGUCUACCGAAGACUGGCCGAGCCCGAUCUCUUACGCAAGCUAAGUCACAAGAAAAUUUACAUAUUGAUCGACUCUGGUGCCAUAAUUUUGGAGAUGACCAAUGCGACGCUGGCAAAGAUGUGGCUUGAUAUCGAAACGGAGGCGACAGCUGCCGUGUUCUUUGACGACAACAACAAAGCCACUGUGUUGUAUCGAAGUGGGCGGAAAAUCCCCUUGCUGGCAUCACCUUUCGCGGAUGACUUGAGCGGCUGUCUGGUGUACCUAGACGAAUCUCACACUCGAGGCACAGACAUGAAGUUCCCCCCUCGUGCUCGUGGAGCUGUGACACUCAGUCUCGGCCAAACCAAAGACCACACCGUUCAAGCCGUUAUGCGUCUUCGGCAAUUGGCAACCACUCAAUCCGUCACAUUUUUUGCACCGCCCGAGGUCCACCGGUCGAUUCUGGACUUCCGCAACAAAGGGGAGCACUGCCAUCUCACCUCUCGUGACGUGGUGUGCUGGCUCCUGGAGCAAACUUGUCAAGGUCUUGAAAACCUCCAGCCACUUUAUUAUGCUCAAGGCAUCAACUACUGCCGGCGAACGCAGGCAGAAUGUGACCAUCCCCUCUUCUUGACAGAUCGGGCCCAGGCACUUGGUUAUUUGAGUGCUCUCCGAAGCUAUGAACAACAUUCUUUGCAAGCUCUUUACGAGCCACGUUCGGGAAAGUCAGGAAAACGUGUUCGGGACGAAAAGUUCGGCGAUAGUCUUGCCAAAUUCAUCAAGCAGCUUGAGCGACAACGGAAAGCGUUUCGGGACACCGGAAAUUCGGUUCACGCCUCAGCGUUGCAGGAGGUUGAGCAGGAGCGCGAGGUUGCCGUGGAAGUGGAAACGAUCCGCGAAAGACAGAACCCGAUUCUCUUCCAUCCACACCCUUUUUCUGGACUCGCUGCAGAGAUCAGACACUUUGUACUGACCGGAACUUUAAGGCCUGAUGACAAGGUCUGCGAACGAGCAUUCUCAUAUAUGGCUCGGACCGAAACAAGCCUGAAGUAUCCUGCAAGUCUCCCGGCAACUCCACAACUACUUGUUUCUGCAGAAUUCCGACGAGCGGUCAUAGUGCCUUCUGGUAGACCUAACGAUGACUUCUUGCGUCCCGUCCAGUAUAUUCUGUGGAGUAUGGCCACGGAGAUUGCAAUCCUGGUCAGCCCUGAAGAGGCAGAUAUCUUGACUGACCUAUGCCAAAGUGCGUCGAGGAAGGUGGUGCAUCUGCUGACAUAUGCGGCGCCUGUCACGCAGAAGAUGCUCCAGUUCAACAACUUGAAUUACUACGCCGUGCCACCACUUCCAGUGGACUGGUCUGCACCGUCGUGGCUUAGGAUCCAGAUUGGCAUAUUCGCCGGUCGCCUUUACUUCCCUUUCGAGGAGCUCGAGCAAAUCCAGGCAUUCCUAGGUCUGCAGGAUGAGCGACUGAUGCGGACUCGCGACGGGUUGCUUUCGGAUAUUGAAGAGCUGUCGAUUGAUGACAUGGAGAGCUCCUAUGACAACCAAGCACUUGCGGAUGGGCGUGACACGGCAGAGACGAAGCAGGCACAUGCCGCUAGGCUAGAGACUACAAAAAUGCUGGUCUUCCUGCAUGCAUGGCUCGGUACCAGAAGCCGAGGCCAGGACUUUACUCAAACGCCGAUGGGAUACAUUUGCGGACGGAAACUGUUGACACAGGAUCAUCCAUUCUUCCGCACCGUCGUCGACGAAGUGGCGAGGACUAAGAUCUCACACGCUAUGACUGAAGACACCUCAGGAAUUCCAGUUGCUGCGCCUGACGAGGAACAGGACAAUGGAUCUGAUUUGGAGGAAGAGGAGUUGGACGAGCGGCAGAAACUGACGGAGGAGGAGCUGAGGCAGGCGGAGGAGAUGGAUCCAGACCAAGAGGAAAUUAGCGGCGAGGCUGACGAAGGUGACGAUCAGGAAGAUGCUACGAGUGGCGGUUCAGGGCUGAUGUUCGAUGAUGAAUAA